AGCAGACUUGGAGGCAUUUAUCAACACUAGCGGCGACGAAGCGUUCCUUUUACCUACUUGAAAAGCUGAUUUAAAUUUAAUUACUAUUGAAUACGCUGUUGUUGUGACCAUGAAUACAAUUGACUUUGACUACGAGUUCAACAGCGAUUUCAAAUUCAUUGACUUCUAUGCAAUUGAUCGGUUCAUUGUGCCCGCGAUACCGCAGCAUUUCGGCUAUGUGCCCCAAGCGAACAACAACAACAGCGGCAGCAGCAGCAACAGCAACAGCAGCCACAGCAGCAGCAGGGACCAUCAACAGUCGAAGAGAUCGCGGUCUUCGUAUGAGUGCUAUUGGCUUGACAUAAGCAAACCGAAUAUGAUGACUAUGGAUAUAACCAAAACUGAACCCGGACUAGUCGGGCUAUCAUCCAAUCAGCAGCAGCAGCAGCAGCAGUCGGCACAGCAGCAGCAAACCGCAAACAUGAACAACAACGGGCAGAACAACAACAACAAUGGCAGCAACAACAACAAUGGCCUGAGCAAUGGCAACUCUGUUAAUAACAGCAACAACAACAAUAACAACAAUAACAGCAACGUGCAAAGUAUCGCGGCCGCCGCUAACAACAACAACAACAACAAUGGCAGCCAAUUGUGCGCCGGCUGUGGCAAGCACAUCCAGGACCGUUACCUGCUGCGCGCCUUGGAUAUGCUGUGGCACGAGGAUUGCCUCAAGUGCGGCUGCUGCGACUGCCGCCUCGGCGAGGUGGGCUCCACGCUCUACACCAAGGGCAAUUUGAUGCUCUGCAAGCGCGACUAUUUGAGAUUGUUCGGGAAUACGGGCUACUGUGCCGCCUGCAGCAAAGUCAUUCCAGCCUUCGAGAUGGUAAUGCGUGCACGCACCAAUGUUUACCAUCUCGAGUGCUUCGCGUGCCAGCAAUGCAAUCAUAGAUUCUGUGUUGGCGAUCGUUUCUAUCUGUGCGAGAAUAAAAUACUCUGCGAAUACGAUUAUGAAGAGCGUCUGGUGUUCGCCUCGAUGGCUAAUCAUCCGAUGCUGAAGCGACAUGUCUCGUCCCUGGGCCAGGGCUCGCCGACUGGGGCAGCGGGCGGCGCUGGCAAUGCGGGCGGACUGCUGGGCGGCGGGCCCGGCGGCGUGACGGGCGGCGCUAAUGUGAAUGGCGGCGGCGGUGGUGGCAUGGUCAAUGGGCCACGUACGCCGGGCGAUCACAACAACAACAAUGGACCCCAAACGCCAACUGGCGGCGGCGUCGGCGUCGGCGUCGGCUCUCCGUUUGCAGCCGCUGCGGCGGCCGCUGCCGCCGCGCACAUGAAGAACCAGCUGGGGGCGUCCAGCUAAAAUAAAGCCCUGGGCAUGAGCGGCAGCGGCAGCGGCAGCAGCAUCGGCGGCUCCGGUCAGCAGUUCUACGGAGCCGCCGGCUUUGGCCUGCAUCAGCAACAGCAGCAGCAGCAGCCUCUCAUGGGCUUGGGCAUGGGCAUGGGUAUGGGCGU